AUGAAUAUCGACGCUCUACUCAACCCAGGCGACGGGGACUCAGCAUCUUCACAGCCCCAACGUGCCCCAAUCUCCCAGCGUCACAGCUACCAUGGACCUUCACCAAGCUUUCCUCCAAGUCCCAACUACUGGUACAACCAAGGCUAUCACGACAACUCAGAUGCACAAUCUACCAAUCAAAACUACCCCGGCCACUACCCCCAACAGCAGCAAGUCUUUGUUAGCUACAGUCACAACAACCAGCCACGAGGCAGCACGAGCACAAACAACAGCAUGCCCCCUUCACCAGACCCUUACCAAUCCCGUGAACGUUUCUCCAGCGUCUCCAGUGGUUCCUCUACGAACGGUGACCGCCGCCGCGCUCCCCGCCCCAAGUACGAGGAGGAGGAGAUGUACUUCAUCUGGUACCACCGCGUCGACCUGGGUCAGGAAUGGAAGGAUGUUCGCGAGGCUUUCAAUCGCCAGUUCACCAACCGCCAGCGAAGUGGUUUCCAAGGCAUCCAGUGCAAGUUCUACCGCUUCAUCAAAGAGAAGAAGUGUCCGACUCUGCGGGAGCAGAGACGCUUGCGGGAUGGGCUGUUCCUUCGCGAGGGGGCCUCUGCUGCGCUCGUUGACGACGCUAAUGGGGCCCCCAGGUUCGGUGUGAGGGAGUACACUAAAGUCUGGUACCCUUGGAUGCGGAAGGGUGAUUCAGAGAGUGUACUGCCGCGCCGGUGA